AUGCUGGGGUUCCUCCACAACGAGCGCGUCGUGAAUGAAGCCUUCUCCGCCCGCUUCGUCCGCACCUCCGCGUCCUGCCCGCCCCUCGACACCCAGCGCCGCUGGCUCGCGCUCGACGCGCGCGGCGGCCGCGUCCUCCACCACCGCGCCGACGAGCACGCCGGCCGCGUCCUCUUCGACCGCGACGAUGCGGCUUCUGUGGGGAUUCGCCUCGCCGUCUGGGACCCUCUCUCUGCCGCCGGCGGCGGCCACCUGGAGCUGCCCGUCCCCGUCCUGCCGCGGCGCCCGCACUGCUGGAACGCCGCGCUGCUCUGCUGCGACCAGAACGGCCUCCAGGACCACGCCGGUGGGACCUUCCGCGUCGUACUGGUGGGCACGGACCACGAGGGGACCUUCGCUUGCGUAUACACCUCGUUAGGCCCCGCGGCGUGGAGCGAGCCGAUCUACACAGCGCAACACCCGGACCCUGGUGGUGCUGGUGGUGGCUAUGCCGACCCGAUGCGCGGUGCCGUCGUCAGGAACGCGUUCUACUUCUUGUUCCAGGGGAGGACCAGCAUCCUCAAGUACGACCUGGCCACGGGCGACAUGUCUGUGAUUCGACUGCCUCCGGCGUCCCAUAGUGGACGGAGCAUCUUGUGCACCGUGCUCACGACAACGGAGGACGGAGGCCUGGGAUUCGCAAGAGUGGAGGGCGACAAACUCUGCCUCUGGUCAAUGGAGGCUAGGCCCAACGGCGGUGCCCUGGCAAUGGAAUGGACACAAGGCAGAGUAAUUGACCUCAGGAGCCUGCUCCCCGUCAUCAAUUUGCUUGGAUUUGCGGAUGGCCUUGGCAUGAUUUUGGUGUGGACGAUCAAUUGA